CUUCAACUAGUGACUUCAGCAUUUUAUGUUUUGAAGAAAGAAGACAUUUUCACAAUACCAAACCUGCUGUCGACUCUCAGAAUACUGGCAGCACCAGUUCUUGGCUACCUGAUAGUGACAGGGGACUAUGCCAGCUCUAUAGCUCUGUUUGGUGUCGCGGGUCUCACAGAUAUGCUUGAUGGAUUCAUAGCAAGAAAUUUUGCAAAUCAGAAGUCAGUUCUGGGAACAGUCUUAGAUCCAUUUGCUGACAAGAUUUUAAUGUCAGUGGUGACUGUCUCUCUUACGGUGGUGUCUCUCUUACCUGUUGCUCUGACCGCACUGAUUUUGAGCCGAGAUGCUGUGCUAGUCAGCUGUGCAUUCUACUUCAGAUACAAGUCUCUUCCAUCACCGGUGAGUCUGGUUGGUUGCAACAAAUACAGGAAAAUGAACCAUUCAGAUCAGAAUUGUUGUAGCUCUCAUAAGCUUGUUAUUUUAUUUGUCAUUAUAGUGUAGCAGCUGUUAUUAUUUUGGGGCCAGCAGCAUCAUUUCUGUUGUUUGUUUUAUAGUUUUCUCAGAGGGUUUCAAGCCAUUCAUGUGAGACCUUGCGAGCUGCAACCUGAUCCAUUAAAAGCCUACAGUAGUUACCGUAAUUAACUAUUGAAACCAUUUGCAAGCUUGGUAAAACUAAGCAUGCAAUAUAUGUCUAUCAAAGCACUUCUUCCUUCUUUAGAGGGGAAGUUGAAAAUUAUGCUCUGCCAGUUGAAUGUGAAGAACUUAGAAAAGCAACUUACAAUUUAUUUUCAUUGGUAUAUUGUAAAAUGUGCCUGGCUGGUUAAGUUAAGUAGUAUAAAAGUGUUUUUAUUAUUAUUAUUAUUAUUA